AUGUCAUACAAGUCAACAAUAAUAGGGCUUUGUCUGCUAGCUGUGAUAUUAUUAGUUCCCCCUUUAGCAUGGCACUCACAUACGAAAAAUAUUCCAGCAAUCAUUUUGAUAACAUGGCUCCUCAUAAUGAAUAUAACAUGUAUUGUAGAUGCGGCGAUAUGGAGUGACGACGAUUUCCUCACGAGAUGGGAUGGUAAAGGCUGGUGCGAUAUUGUCAUCAAGUUGCAAGUUGGAGCGAAUAUUGGCAUAUCGUGUGCCGUUACGAACAUCAUUUACAACUUGCAUGCUAUUCUGAAGGCAGAUAGUGUUUUACCGGAUCUGUCAUCUUGGACAAAAAUCGUCAAGGACCUUGUGAUUAGCUUAUUCACACCCGUGAUGAUCAUGGGAUUUUCGUAUCUAUUACAAGUGUUUAGAUAUGGUAUCGCUCGCUACAAUGGCUGCCAAAACCUAUUGUCCCCGACAUGGAUUACUACUAUUUUGUAUACAAUGUGGAUGCUUAUAUGGUCAUUUGUGGGUGCCGUUUAUGCCACCUUGGUGCUGUUCGUUUUCUAUAAAAAACGCAAAGAUGUUAGAGAUAUUUUACACUGUACCAAUUCGGGUUUAAACUUGACAAGGUUUGCAAGGCUACUAAUCUUCUGUUUCAUCAUUAUUCUAGUUAUGUUCCCUUUUUCUAUUUACACCUUUGUUCAGGAUUUACAGCAGGUGGAUGGACACUAUAGUUUUAAGAAUACCCAUUCCAGUACUAUUUGGAAUACCAUUAUUAAAUUUGAUCCUGGUAGACCGAUUUAUAAUAUAUGGCUUUACGUUUUGAUGUCUUACUUAGUAUUUCUAAUCUUUGGGUUAGGCUCUGAUGCUUUGGAUAUGUACUCUAAGUUCCUGCGUUCGAUUAAACUAGGCUUUGUGCUAGACCUGUGGAAAACUUUUGUUGAUAAGAAUAAGGAAAAACGAGUUGGUAAAUUGCUCACCAAGCUUUCCCCAGGCAAAGAAUUCCACAAUCCAUUCUCUACCGAUUCUGAAAACUAUAUCUCCACGUAUACGGAAAACUAUUCCCCCUGUGCAGGCACACCAAUAUCACAAGCACAUUUCUACGUCGAUUAUAGAAUUCCUGAUGAUCUUGGAAGAUCUCAAAAUAAAAGCAGAAAAAAUUUGUUUGCUAGUAAAGAAACAGAUGAUAUUCUUGAUGACAUAGAGCUGAAAGAGAGCAGACAUAUCCCUUACCUCACACAAGGACAGAGUUUUGACGACGAAAUAUCACUUGGAGGAUUCUCAAAGGUUACUCUAGAUUAUUCAGAAAAGCUUCACAAUUCUGCCACCUCGAAUCUUGAGGGGGAAAGCCUUUGCUACUCUCCAGCUUUCAAAGAAGAGGAUUCAAGUUCAAAUGAGCAUAGUUCAGAAAGUACUGCAGGCCCUUAA